CUGACAUGCGGCGCGGCACGGGCUGGCGGCAGCAGCGUUGGCGGCGGCGGCGCGAAAGCCAGGCGCCGGAGCAGAGCGAGCAGUCGAACGGGCGGCGUCCCGGGUCGGGCGCACGGAGGGCGGCGGAGGUGCGGCCCGAAGCCAUGGUGAUCAUGUCGGAGUUCAGCGCGGUCCCCUCGGGCACCGGCCAGGGCCAGCAGAAGCCCCUCCGGGUGGGCUUUUACGACGUGGAACGGACCCUGGGCAAAGGCAAUUUUGCGGUGGUUAAGCUGGCGCGGCACCGAGUCACCAAAACGCAGGUUGCAAUAAAAAUAAUUGACAAGACACGGUUAGAUUCUAGCAAUCUGGAGAAGAUCUACCGGGAGGUCCAGCUCAUGAAGCUCCUCAACCACCCGCAUAUCAUCAAGCUCUACCAGGUUAUGGAGACGAAGGACAUGCUUUACAUCGUCACAGAGUUUGCAAAGAAUGGAGAGAUGUUUGAUUACCUGACUUCGAAUGGGCACCUGAGCGAGAACGAGGCCAGGAAGAAGUUCUGGCAGAUUCUGUCAGCGGUGGAGUAUUGCCAUAACCAUCACAUAGUCCACCGGGACCUCAAGACGGAGAACCUGCUGCUAGACGGCAACAUGGACAUCAAGCUAGCAGAUUUUGGAUUUGGGAAUUUCUACAAGCCAGGAGAGCCCCUGUCCACGUGGUGUGGGAGCCCCCCCUAUGCAGCCCCCGAAGUCUUUGAGGGAAAGGAAUAUGAAGGCCCUCAGCUGGACAUCUGGAGCCUCGGUGUGGUGCUGUAUGUCCUCGUCUGUGGCUCCCUCCCUUUUGAUGGACCCAACCUGCCGACGCUGAGACAGCGGGUGCUGGAGGGCCGGUUCCGAAUCCCUUUCUUCAUGUCUCAAGACUGUGAGACGCUCAUCCGACGCAUGCUGGUCGUGGAUCCUGCCAAGCGCAUCACCAUUGCCCAGAUCCGCCAGCACAGGUGGAUGCAGGCUGACCCCACCCUCCUGCAGCAGAAUGACCCCACCUACUCCAUGCAGGGCUACACCUCCAACCUGGGCGACUACAAUGAGCAGGUGCUGGGCAUCAUGCAGGCCCUUGGCAUUGACCGGCAGAGGACAGUGGAGUCUCUGCAGAACAGCAGCUACAACCACUUUGCCGCCAUUUACUACCUCCUGCUCGAGCGCCUCAAGGAGCACCGAAGCACCCAGCCCUCCUCCCGGCCCAGCCCUGCACCUACCAGACAGCCCCGGCUCCGAAGCUCGGACCUCAGCAGUCUGGAGGUGCCUCAAGAAAUUCUCCCGUGUGACCCUUUCCGGCCCUCUCUGCUGUGCCCACAGCCCCAGGCCUUGGCUCAGUCUGUCCUGCAGGCCGAGAUGGACUGUGAUCUCCAUAGCUCCCUUCAGCCCUUGUUCUUCCCUGUGGAUACCAACUGCAGCGGAGGGUUCCGGCACCGUUCCGUCUCCCCCAGUAGCCUACUGGACACAGCUAUCUGCGAGGAGGCCAGGCCGGGUCCCAGCCUGGAGGAGGAGCAGGAGGUCCAGGAACCCCUGCCUGGCAGCACAGGCCGGAGGCAUACACUGGCUGAAGUCUCCACCCAUUUCUCCCCGCUCAACCCUCCUUGCAUAAUCGUAUCCUCCUCUGCCGCAACGAGUCCCUCAGAAGGAACCAGCUCCGAUAGCUGCCUCCCCUUCUCUGCAAGUGAAGGUCCUGCGGGGCUCAGCGGUGGCUUGGCUACCCCAGGGCUGCUGGGCACCAGCUCUCCAGUCAGAUUGGCCUCGCCUUUCCUGGGCUCACAUUCAGCUACCCCUGUGCUUCAGGCUCAGGCUGGUCUGGGCACAGCUGUCCUACUUCCUGUCAGCUUCCAGGAGGGACGGAGGGCAUCAGAUACCUCACUUACUCAAGGGCUGAAGGCCUUUCGGCAGCAGCUGAGGAAAAACGCGAGGACCAAGGGGUUCCUAGGGCUGAACAAGAUCAAAGGGUUGGCACGCCAGGUGUGUCAGUCCUCUGUCCGAGCUCCCCGGGGAGGCAUGAGUACCUUCCACACCCCAGCCCCAAGCUCAGGCCUGCAAGGCUGCACGGGCGGCAGUCGGGAAGGCAGGAGCCUGCUUGAAGAGGUGCUGCACCAGCAGAGGCUGCUCCAGUUACAGCACCACCCGGUCACCUCAUCUGGCUGCCAGCCGGGCCCCCAGCCAUCCCCUGUCCCGUGCAUGCUCACUCCCUGUGACGGCCUCCUCAUGUCCGGGAUCCCGCUGCUGCCGGCACCCCUCCUCCAGGCUGGCAUGUCCCCGGUGGCCUCGGCUGCGCAGCUCCUGGAUACCCACCUGCACAUCAGUGCUGGCCCAGUGGCUCUGCCCACGGGGACCCUGCCACAGUGCCUCACCAGGCUGACCCCGAGCUGUGACCCUGCUGGGCUGCCACAGGGGGACUGUGAGAUGGAGGACCUGACCUCUGGCCAGCGGGGGACAUUUGUCUUGGUGCAGUGAGGGUGGCGCUGCCACAGCCCCCAUGGCCCAUUGACUCUUCCAAGCAAUAAUUUCAGAGUAUGUGAAGGUGGUUUCGGACUCAAAGCCAAGAACUUUCUAGAAGUGAAACAAGCAAUAUGUUUGGUGUAUGGGCUUUUUAGGAUUUUUGUUUUGUUUUGUUUUGUUUCUUUUUCCUUGCACUGAGUGACCUCAAUGAGUAGGGACUGAAACUUUCUGAAGAAAUAAUAAUUGAGGGUGUGUCAUAUGGGCGGGUGGAUGGGAGGGGAAGUGGGUUAGGGAAGAGGCCUGUGCGGCUGGGGUGAUGUAGACGAGAGGGGCCACACUGCUCAGGGACCUACACUCCUGUUCCCAGCUCAUCGUAACGUGAUGAGUGGGGACGUCCCUGAGGGGAGCAGCGCCCGGUGUGGCACCUGUCUGUGUGUUGGUUGGCGUCGUUCUGGGUUUGGGUUCGCAGCUCUCCACUUCUGAAAUGCUCAUGCUUUAACAAAAACUGUGAACUUGCUGCUCUCCGUGUGGGUUUGCAAACAGCCAGGACCGGCCUAGGGGAAGACCGCGCGCAUUGUCGGGAUUUCCCUGUCAGCCAGAGGACGACCUUGUCGUGUUUUUGCUUGAGUGCUGUAGCUGCUCAAGUCAGUUUGCUAGGCCUAGUAGAGGAAACCACAAAGGACUGGAAGGGGUGAGGACCCCGCGGGUGGGCACUCUGUCCCACGGUCUCUUGGCCCAGAACCCCUCACACUGCUAGGAAGCCAACAAGUUCCUUCCUGCCGUGUAUCUCGACUCUGCUGCUAAUUACCAGGUUUUUACGCAUUUCGUUAUCAGGGUCCAACAAGAACACCUGACGGGGAAAUCGUGCAAUACCAAGGGGCUGUGACCAGAGGGGCCCAGGCAGCCAGCGGGCAUCUUGGUUAUGACCGCCUGCCCUUGCUCUGGGACCUUUCCUGUUAAAACCCUGGCACCCAGGCCUGGGCUCUGUCUGGCUUGCUUUCCAGGAAGAUGAGAAGUAUAGGUCAGUGUUUGUAAAGUUUCUUUUUUAAGCAAAUACUGUAUAUGUAUAUAAAUAGGAGACAGACACUACUUAUUUUUUCUAUUUUGUAUACACUUUUGUGUUCCUGGCUUAAACCUCCCUUGGUCACAUUAAGAAGUGUCCCCAUCUGCACCACGUUUGUGUUAAAGGGGCUGCAGGCUGCCCACCUCCAGCACAGGGUAGAGGUGUCAGGGAAGGGGUGACCCCGCAUGGCCAGUGCUGGUCUACCUCGGCAGGAAGACCCAGGCACAGCUCUGCCGUCCAGAAGCCUCUGGAAGGAGCCAGGGAUGUCGCCCCUCCUCCUCACUCUGCAUGAGGCAUCUGUCCCUCUGCCCCCCAGGUGACUUCCACUGUGGCCUUCUCACCACCGCAGUAUUAACCUGAGGUCGUUGAGGGGAGAGGGAAGGAGGCACUUUGUAAAAGCCAAAGAUUGACCGAGUUACCUGAGGCCAGGAAGAGGCUGCAUACAACCUGGUGUCACAGCGUGGUCCCCCCUGUCGGCCCUGUGGCCCAUCUUGUACCACUUAAUCUCAAAACUCUCAAAGACAGGUGAAAGAAAGGCCAUCCUUCUGGGUCAGAACUGGUGCCCUCCAUAGAACAAGCCAAAAAGUGUCCCUCCUGCCGACUCACCAGAUGUGUGGAUCGGGGAAGCACCCAGCAGCCUGGGCAGCCAGCCCUGGUCUCCCAUAGUUCCGCUCUGGAUACCACAGAUCAAAGGCCUGGGCACUGCUGUGUCAGAAGCGACAAGCACUUUACUUUCUGGCAGUUUUUGUGUCUUCGAGUCGCUGCCGACCCCUCUCCAGGGGACAGUCACGUCAUGGUUUUAAGUUCUUGUUUUUUGGUGUGUGUGGUGUGUUUUGUAGAUCCUCACAGUCCUGGACUGUAACGGAAUUGCCUAUUUAAAGACACUACGUGAUCUCAGAUGUAUAUAAUGGGUUUUUUUUGUUGUUGUUUUCAUUUUUUUUUUACUCUGAUGGAAUUGUUUCAUUUCUCAUAUUAAUGUGAGAAACGUAUGCCAAAUGAUUAGUUGAUGUAUGUUUUUUUAAUUUAAUAUUUAAAUAAAAUAUUUGGGGGGAAACCUUGACUUUCCCUUGCUUCA